CGUCUUUGCUUCUAUACGACACACAUCGUCAGCAUUCAUUUAAAAUAUAAAUCAAAAUUCUACACGCUUUAACAUUCAUUUAUUUUGAAUUUAGAUCAAUUAGCAACUGAAGGGCAGAAAGAAGAAACCACAAGAAAAACCAAACAAACAUAAGGCAGUCUUUCAGCUGUUGUUUUAGACAUUUUUAGUGUUGAACAACUUCCUCCUGCUUGUCCUUUUUAUUAUCAUGCCAUCCUCUGUGUCAGUAUGCCGCAGCAACGACUGUUGUUUGCAAACAACUCUUACUUUGUUGAUAAAAAUCUCCAUCACCAGACUUUCAUAAAAGUCGGUGAGCGAUUCUGACACACCUUGAAUUGAAGAACUGAAUUCUGUCAGAACUUUUCUGUUUGGAAACUUUUUCUCACUGAUAAAAACUGAAAUAUAUUACAAAACAUCUCUACAUCAUCUCAACUUCACUACUGGCCUCCAAAUAAACCCCAGAAUACAAACUAGUUAUUUCGGACUGAACUGUACUAAAAAUAUGAAGUGUUGUCAUGUAUGAUCUCCAGACUUCCUGCCUCACACGACUCACAAAGAUGGCUGCAGCUCUGACUCUCCUUUUCAUCGGCUGUCUGCUGCAAGAUGUCAUGUGUGGAGACCCUACAGAGAAGGUCAUUAUGCCACAGGCUAUUGAGGCUCUGAGGGGAUCCUGUGUGACCAUACCCUGCUCCUUUGAAGUACGGAGAGAAUUUAAUGUCCAUUUAGAUCAAACAUGUAAAGCAUUGUGGAAAAAGGCAAACACUGUUGUGUUUAACAGCCGUAAUCCACAAAGUUCUACAAUAAAAGGAAAUUUCACAGGAAACUUAACAAAUAAAGACUGCACAACAACUCUGAACAACAUGCAACCUGCACACAACAAUUAUUUCCUCAGAGUGGAAUGUGACAAUACCCUGAAACAUGACAUGAUUCACCAAAACUUGCAAAUUUCAGUGAGAGAUGAUCCUCCCACACCGACUCUGACUCCACCCACAGUGAGGGUGAUGGAGGGAACCUCAGUGAGUGUGAGGUGUUCUGCUCCAGCUCCCUGUCUGUCUCUUCCUCCAGCUCUCACAUGGACCCCCCACCUGGGUGACAGUCAUGAGACACUGCAGGACAAUCAGGACAAAACUAAAGUCAAAAUCUCCACUCUGACCUUCACUGCAUCUCACCUCCAUCACAGACAGAACAUCUCCUGUUCUGCCGUGUACACAAAACAAGAUGGCAGCACUGAGUCAUCUGCUACUAAAAGUUUAACAGCUGAUAUUUCAUAUUCACCCAAACACACCUCAGUGUCAGUCAGUCCCUCUGGUCCAGUACCAGAAGACAGUACUGUGACUCUGACAUGCAGGACUACUGCUAACCCAGCAGUAGUGACCUACACCUGGUACAGAACUGAUGGAGACCAGGAGACUUUUAUUGGGACUGGACAUGUUUUAAGCAUUACAGCGUCUGAAGUCAGAGGUCCUUUUUUCUGCAAGGCUGAAAAUAAUCUUGGAGCUGGACGAUCCAACAUCAGUCACAUCGAUGUUCAAUAUUCACCCAAACACACCUCAGUGUCAGUCAGUCCCUCUGGUCCAGUACCAGAAGACAGUACUGUGACUCUGACAUGCAGUACUACUGCUAACCCAGCAGUAGUGAACUACACCUGGUACAGAACUGAUGGAGGCCAGGAGACUUUUAUUGGGACUGGACAUGUUUUAAGCAUUACAGCUUCUAAAGUCAGAGGUCCUUUUUUCUGCAAGGCUGAAAAUAAUGUUGGAGCUGGACGAUCCAACAUCAGUCACAUCGAUGUUCAAUAUUCACCCAAACACACCUCUGUGUCAGUCAGUCCCUCUGGUCCAGUACCAGAAAACAGUACUGUGACUCUGACAUGCAGGACUACUGCUAACCCAGCAGUAGUGAACUACACCUGGUACAGAACUGAUGGAGGCCAGGAGACUUUUAUUGGGACUGGACAUGUUUUAAGCAUUACAGCGUCUGAAGUCAGAGGUCCUUUUGUCUGCAAGGCUGAAAAUAAUGUUGGAGCUGGACGAUCCAACAUCAGUCACAUCGAUGUUCAAUAUUCACCCAAACACACCUCAGUGUCAGUCAGUCCCUCUGGUCCAGUACCUAAAAACAGUACUGUGACUCUGACAUGCAGUACUACUGCUAACCCAGCAGUAGUGAACUACACCUGGUACAGAACUGAUGGAGACCAGGAGACUUUUAUUGGGACUGGACAUGUUUUAAGCAUUACAGCGUCUGAAGUCAGAGGUCCUUUUUUCUGCAAGGCUGAAAAUGAUGUUGGAGCUGGACGAUCCAACAUCAGUCACAUCGAUGUUCAAUUUGCUCCACAGAUCCUGCCCUCAUCUUAUUGCAAUAAAACUGCAGAGCAGCUCAACUGUUCCUGUGAGACUGUGGGAAAUCCUUCUCCCACAUCACAGUGGUAUUUGGAUGGGUUGCCUGUCAAUCACUCUGACAAGUUUGCAAUCAGCAGUGAGUCUGUAAAAGACACGGGUGUGAGGAGCAUCAUCUCUGUGAAUCGACCACAGUGGAAGGGUCUUUCCACCUUGUCCUGCCUCAGCUCCAACUCUCAGGGAUCUGUCAGGCAACCUUUUUAUGUCUACGUCCUUGAGCCUCAAACAUCUGCAGACAGUCACGACAAAGUAACCUUGUAUGUCUUCAUCACCAUAGUUGCUGCACUGCUUGUAUUAGUAUGUGCUCUGCUCUUAGUUAUCAGGUCUCAGAGGAUUCACCACAACCUUCCUCAGAACACAGUUGCUAUGAACCAACUUCUUACAAGUGGAGAGGGAAAUGAGAUACCCAAUGCAACAGAAGAGGACAUUUAUGCCAACGUCCAAAGACAGGGCGAUGUCGCCUACUGUGCCGCUAUCUCUGAAGUUAACAGCCCCAACUUCCCCAGCUCCGGGUCAAACAAUGUAGAAGGAGUCAAUACAAGCUCAGAGAAGAAGGAGGAGGGCAGUGGUGCGAUUUACUCUAGUGUGAACUGGAAAAGCAAGAGCAAGAGGAGGAAGGAAGAAGUUGCUGGGGACAUGGAUCAGCCUGGUAGCUCCUACCUUGCGGAGGAAAGGUGCAUGUUGGGAGGCACGUGUAGAAGUUUUAUGAGCAAUGCAAUGGAGAUGGGAAACCUAUAUGAUGAAGCGCAGCCCCGAAAUGUGAAUAAAGGAAUGGAAUGUGAAUAUGCCCAGGUUAAAUUUAAAAGUAAGAGUGUUAAAAAAUAGAUGCACAACUGGAUCCGUGAUCAGCUUUUGACACGGACAUUUAGAUGAACUGAAUUGUGUUCUUUUGGUUUAAGUUCUCAGUUUGUUUGGUUUUUUUUUUUAAGAUCUCAAUAUAUUCUUGUCAUAUAUUUAUAUGUAUAUUCUUGUGCAUAACAUAUUGUAUUUUUACUUAUAUUUUACUCAGUGAUGUUUGAUGCUUCAGCACACCAAGACAUUAUGGACAAUGCUAUGCUUCUAACUUUGUUUGGUGAAGGCCCUUUUCUAUUCCAGUGUACAAAGACUUGUUAGAUGAGUUUGGUGUGGAA